GUUGAACACCGUACCUGGUACCAUAAGAUCCUCCUUUCAAACCAUCUCCUUCCCGACAAUGAACGGCACAAACGGCACAAACGGCAUCAAGAAAGGCUCUGCCUCACCUUCUGAGGCAUGGACGCAGCUUUCCAAAUAUCUACCACCUGUGAAUGCAGACCAGGACUUCUGGUGGAAGCUUACCGGCCGCCAUGUUGCUUCUCUGGUCGAGGCAGCCGGGUACUCUAGGGAAAAGCAGUAUGAGGCGCUUGUGUUCCACUACCAUUGGACCGUACCAUACAUGGGCCCUGCCCCAAAGGCCGACGGCACGCCUGCAAAGUGGAGUUCCCUGCUGGGUCUCGAUGGUAGCCCGAUCGAGUACUCGUGGAAAUGGGAGACCAAGACCAGUGAGCCUGACGUGCGCUAUGUGACGGAGCCCAUUGGGGCUCACCCCGGCACGCACAUUGAUCCGCUCAACCAGCUGGCUCUGCGAGAGCAGCUUCAACGCCUCGCGGAAGCCACGGGUGCCGAUAUGAACCUUGGCUGGGUGAACCACUUCUUCGCGCGGUACUACGACCAUGAUAGCUCGAAAUACGUGCAGGAGGCCGCGGCGGGCUCGGCCAGGAGCACGGCCACCAGCGUGCAGCUGGGCACAGAGUUCCUGCGCAACAAGGGCAUCGGCUUCAAGACGUACUUCUUCCCCCGCAAGCUCGGGCGGGUCGAUGACAUCUCCAUCGGCCAAUACGAUCUGGCCAUGGCGGAGCUCCAAGUGCCCGGCGAGAACGACGAGACAUGGGCCGCUCGCAAGGCCCUCGUCGACUUCCUGGCCCACAACGCCGAAGGCAAGGCGCUUAAGCCCUUCUCCAUAGCCGUGGACAACGUGGCGCCCACCAAGUCGCGGCUCAAGUGGUACUUCCACACGCCCCACACCAGCCUCCGCUCGGUGCGCGAGGUCAUGACCCUGGGCGGGCUCAUCGCCAACGACAGGAUCGAGGCGCAGCUCGCCGACCUCUACGCGCUCGUCCGCGCCGUGGCGGGCCUGCCCGACGACUUCCCCCACGACGCCGAGAUCCCGCUGCCCGCCAGGUCCGACGUCUACGACCAGGCGGCGCGGGACAACUUUGGGGAGCUGGACGAGGUGCUGACGGGCUACCUGUACUAUUUUGACGUGGCGCCCGGCGGGAAGGGGGUGCCCGAGAUCAAGUGGUUCAUCCCGUCGCGCCACUACGCUCCCAACGACCUUGCGCAUGCUAAUGCCGUGGCGGCGUGGAUGGAGGCGCGCGGGCGGGGGUCGCACAACCAGCAGUACAUGAAGAUGCUCGGCGACCUGUCGCAGCACCGGGGGCUGGAGACGGCGAAGGGCCUGCAGACGUUCGUCUCGUGCCUGUUCAAGGCUGACGGUGAACUGGAUAUCACAACGUAUCUGGGUGCUGAAGCAUAUCAUCCUGCACGGGCUGCUCAGGGUGCCAGGUUUCGGUCUACUCUGCGUCGCGGCGACUCCUUUUAG